UUUGGUACAGUGCCCCCUGCUUGCUUACUCGUUAAGUCGGUCACUUCCGCAGUUUUGUAUGGUUUCGAUUUAAACCCAUUCUUAUCAGUGUUUGCUACUGUUGAAGUUGAACUGGACCGAGAGACUUUGAUAGAACCGCGAUUCAAAUAUGUGUUUAUAGAUUAUCUCCCGCUCAGCCGAAUCGAUUAAGGCAGAGCCAUGUUGGCUCUAAGAGGUUUCAGAAUUUUGCUAAAGAUUGCUUCUCUGAUUUUGUUGCUGGCUGGAAUUACAGGUCUGGGUGGUUCAUUCUUUCUGCAUAAAUACAGAGUUUACGGUGUGUUUUUUAGCAGCCUUUAUAUAAUUCUCCCUGCAAAGCUGGCUGUUGCUGGAGGAGUCAUUCUCUUAAUCAGUGGAUGCACUGGGUGUUUAGUGUCCAACAAAAAACCUUCAUGUGGACACGGAUUAUUUGUGUAUUUUCUCAUUAUUGUGUGGUGCAUUAUGGGUACUACUGCUGUAUUGGCAUAUACUCAUAAAGGGAAGCUUGAUGCAGACUUGGCUCCCCUUAAAGAUGUGUUUCAGAACUACAGUGGUAACAGCCAAGAUCCUGAUACCAAAGCAGUGGAUGCCCUUCAGCGUGAGUUGCGGUGUUGUGGUGUUAAGAACUACACAGACUGGUUGGAAACACCCUGGUUUAAUCAUAGUGGGAAAUACGAAGUUCCUCUGAGCUGCUGCAACAAAAACUUUCACUCCUGCAAUGGAACUUUAGACUCACCCCAGCUGCUAUAUAAUGAGGGUUGUCAAGUUAUACUUGAGAAGAAAUUACUACUUUCACUGCACGUCAUCAUUAUAACAUCUUUAGUGGUUCUCUUUUUACUGGUAAUGUCUUGGAUUAUAGUGGCACAGCUAAUGAGGCAUCAACCCCCACAAGAGUAUCGAAUCCUUGACCAAGAAUAAAAAGGCACUUAUGGAAUUUAAUUCUUGUGACUUUUCUUCUGAAUGAUUGCACUUAAAAA